UACAAAUACAAUAUCAAAAUAAUAAUAAUAUAUAUGUAUUUGUAUGUGUGCACUCACGUUCAUUCACGCAAGCGCAUUGGGCAUAUAAUUGCAGGGUGGCAACCCUCCCAUUGCCUCAAAUAAACAUAUAUAACAAAUACAAAUGCAAGAAUAAAUACAGCGGAUAUUAUGGACCAACAAAAAGAACAACUUUGUGAAUAUUUCAAGUUUUAUGGCUCACGAAGGACUCACGAGGACUUUGUAAAGCACAGAAGGCAGAAAAACGUUUGCAAAAAAUAGACUAAAACCUAAUUUGCACACAAAACUCAAUAGAAAAGUAUCAUAAAAGUAUAUCAUAAAACGUUGCACUAAAUAAUACUCACUAAGUAAAUGUGAAACAAGCGCUUGGAAUAGUCUGAACACCACAAAUUGACUGAAAACAAAACUAGAUUAACGCACAUAAAUGCACAUAAAACCAAUUUCACGCAUUUCAAUACAACAUUUUUAAUGAGAGUAGUGAAAAAAGUUGAUCCAUGAAACACUCACGAAUUUUUAAGAGCACGAAACUAAGCGAAAACGCAGUGUGAACAGCAAAAGCUUCGUCUAAUUAGCGUAAACGCGAUUAAACCGACGUAAAAGUCACACACGCGCACUGAAUAAAUAGAUAUACUUACAUAUAUACGUAGUAGAUUAAAGAUUAACAAAAAGAAAACACGAUUCAACGCAUUUUAACAAAACGCACAAAACACGGAGGGAGCAUGCUGCAUGCAACCCUGCCCUUAAAGUGGAAAGCAAAACGCCACAAAAAUAACUAAAGUUUAGAAUAAAAUCGAAGCAAUAGCAGCACAACAACAACAGUAUACAAGCAACACCAAAAAGACUUUUUAAGCACCAAGUUCAAACGUCGUGCGUCAGCUCGAUCUCAUCAUACACAUAGAAAACCAAAAAAAACAACGCAUUUAAAUGUUGCCCAUCGACUCGACACUCGCAGCAAGCUCUGCUAAAGUGUCGCAUAGCUCACCGCCCUACACGCUGCGCUGCCGACCGUCACGCAAUGCCAGCAACGUCGUGUUGAUCACGCAACAACAACAGCCGGACAACAACAAGUGCGGCGCUGGACGCACGUCGGACGAUGCCGCCAAUGUCAGCACCACUUCGGUGCAUGUGCACAGUGGCAAUGGCAACAAUAACCUCCGUGCAACAGGUGUCACGACAUUGAGCAAUGACAAUCCGGGCGGCGGCGGCAGCAAUGGCAAUAACAGCAGCAGCAGCGUUCAUUCAGCAACGAGUUUUCGCAACAAAAUGCCAUCGAUCUCAAUUAUACCGUUGCCGGUUAGCAGCGCAGCGGCCACCAUUGCCAGCUGUAGCGGCACAACGACGAGUACGAGUGUGGUGCGCACCGUGACCACCUCGAAUAAGGCGACGUCGCCGCCGCCGCUUUUCAAUUCACCGCCAAGAAGCAAUAACAGCGGUAGCAGUGGCAUGCAGCCGCAACGUCCACUGUUGCAGCAUCAGUAUCAGCAGACGGACAAGUGUACCAUAUUGAAAUUCGAUGUGGUGCGUAAGCCAACUGUUGCUGCGACAGCGGUCGAGCAAUUAUCGCGCAACGUAAUUGCCACGGCGCCGAAAGCGCAAACCACGGCCACAUCAACGGUGACGAGCGGCAUGGCGUUUUCGGCGACGAGUGUUGCAAGUCGCCAACAACAGUUGCAGGCAUUGCAACAAUCCAUUUUCGAUCAUGAGAUGUCCGAUGACGCCGAAGCGGAUGCGGAAAUUGCUGCGCUGCAUCAGCAGGUGUUGAGUGGCAAUACAACAAGCACACUGGCUACGGGCAGUCAGCCCAUUAUCGUAAAAAUUGAGCCAGCGCAGUCGUUUCACAUCGUCGAUGAAUCGGAUACGCGUGUGUUGAGCUUGCCGCUCUCGGAUGCGGAUAAAGUUGGUGCGAGUUGGAUUGAUCUGAAGGAUAUUGCGGGCUUGCAGACCACCUCGGCCACACUGGUGGACGUGUGUUUCGAUUCACCGCCUGGUUUGCUGCCAGUCAGCACGAAUACGUCCACAUCGACGGCCGAAGCGGUGGUGCAGACGGUCGUUGAGUCGGGCGGCAUUAGUCAUACACAAGGCGCUAAGAAACGUCAGUUGGUUGUUAAGCAGAUAUCGGUAGAGCAACCGGCAACAGCGGCAACUAUUAUUGAGACUGUAAUCACACCUGCUACGGUUGUAACGGCAACGGCUACGGCUACGACAUCUACGGCAUCCGGUACGUCUACGGUGUCGCGGUUCAAUGCUAGUGAACGUGUACAACAGCAGCAACAAUCGCAGCAGCAAUCGCAACAACAGCAACAGCAAUUGCAACAGCAGCAGCAACUUCAGAAUAAAGGUACCUCGGCAGCGGGUACUGCAUUAACACCGUCCUCAUCAACUGGACUGAAUGUCGGUGGAGCCAUGACAGCUCAAAUUGAAAUAAUUCCAUGCAAAGUCUGUGGCGACAAGUCAUCUGGCGUACAUUAUGGCGUUAUAACAUGUGAAGGUUGUAAAGGUUUUUUUCGCCGGUCACAAAGUUCUGUAGUGAAUUAUCAGUGUCCUCGCAAUAAACAAUGUGUUGUCGACCGUGUCAAUCGCAAUCGGUGUCAAUACUGUAGACUGCAAAAGUGCCUACAAUUGGGAAUGAGUCGUGAUGCUGUAAAAUUCGGUAGAAUGUCGAAGAAACAGCGUGAGAAAGUGGAGGAAGAGGUGAAGUUUCACAAGGCGCAGUUGCGAGCACAGAGUGACGCGGCGCCGGACAGCUCAGUUUUCGACACACAAACACCUUCGAGUAGUGAUCAGCUGCACCAUAAUUACAAUGGCUAUGGCGGCGGCUACUCCAGCAAUGAAGUGAGCAGUCCCUACGGUUAUGGGUACUCGACAUCGGUAACACCGCAACAGACGAUGCCCUAUGAUAUAUCUGCGGAUUACGUCGACAGCACCACGUAUGAACCGCGUGGCACGAUAAUGGAUUCGGACUUCGUCAGUCAUGCUGAUGGCGACAUCAAUGAUGUUCUUAUAAAAACCUUAGCCGAGGCACACGCCAACACAAGCACCAAACUCGAAGCCGUACACGAUAUGUUCCGGAAGUCUCAGGAUAUUUCGAGGAUACUCUACUACAAGAAUCUGGGCCAGGAGGAGCUGUGGCUAGACUGCGCUGAAAAGCUAACACAAAUGAUACAAAACAUAAUCGAAUUUGCGAAACUGAUACCCGGAUUUAUGCGAUUAAGUCAGGAUGAUCAGAUUCUGCUACUGAAAACUGGAUCAUUCGAACUGGCCAUCGUGCGUAUGUCGCGAUUGCUCGAUCUCUCACAGAAUGCGGUACUCUAUGGUGAUGUGAUGCUGUCGCAGGAAGCGUUCUACACAUCCGAUUCGGACGAAAUGCGUCUGGUAUCGCGAAUCUUUCAAACGGCUAAGUCAAUAGCCGAACUGAAACUGACUGAAACGGAGUUGGCGCUGUAUCAAAGUUUAGUGCUGCUCUGGCCAGAACGAAAUGGCGUGCGCGGUAAUACAGAAAUCCAGAGGCUUUUCAAUUUAAGCAUGAAUGCAAUAAGACAGGAGCUUGAAGCGAACCAUGCGCCCUUAAAGGGUGAUGUGACUGUUUUAGAUACAUUGUUAAACAAUAUACCGAAUUUCCGCGAUAUCUCCAUAAUGCACAUGGAAGCACUGAGCAAAUUUAAGCAACAACACCCGAACGUCGUCUUUCCGGCGCUAUACAAAGAACUGUUCUCAAUAGAUUCGCCGCAGGAUCUCACAUAACAUCAAGAAAACUAUGUGGAGACUACGAACGCAAUCGAUGCACCGGACACCCUAGAUGCGUUAACGUAGAAACAAAGAAUUACCCGAUGACUGUUGGCAGAGUUGGCGAUGAGGAAGGAGAUGCGGACUUGAAAGCGGUGACGGCGGCGGUGUCGGUGACGGUGACGGCAAGUAGUGCAUGGAAUGCAUGAAACUGAUUGCUGCUGCAAUGACUUUACGUUAUAACGUGCUUUAACAACAACAACAAACACAUACGAAACAAACAACAACACAAGCAAUUUCAUUGAAACGACAGCCAGCUGCAAGCAGACAGUCAGAUGACCAACAAGCGUCCGAAGUUCUGUUUAACGGAACUUCAAGUGACAACAACAAACAAUGUAUUCUCAGUUUAUUCACUGUUAAAAAAAUAGCGUAACAAAAACAAAAACAAACAUACUAAACAAACAAAAGAAAUAGUAAAUCAUAGUGCAGAACAAAAGAAACAAAAGGUUUAUAUAACUAAUUAAUUCAAGCCACACAUAAUAAGCAGUAACAAACAAUAACAAAAACAAAACAAAAAACCAAGAAAAAAGUAAGCAAAUAUUAAGCAGCAAAUUAAGUUUAAGGAUAUUUAUACAGAAUUUAAAUAGUAACAGAAAAAACACAUAUACAUAUAUAUAUACAUAGACAAACCAAAAUGCCGAAUGCACACACACAUACAAACAAACACGAAAUCAUAAGCAAACCACACACCACAAUCACACCUCUCAACAUUUGCAUACAAAAGAGAAGAGAAAAAGUAAAAAAUAGAAGCAAAAUAAAACGCAAUAACUACAAGAUACCGUACAUUAUAUCACAUUGUUAUAACAAAAACAAAAACAAAAAUAAAACUAAAUACUAAAUAUUCAGAAUCAUUCUAAGUGAAACGGGCAGCAGAAACACAGGAAAAUUAAAGCAGCAUUUAAGCCACCAAAAUAGGCGAACAUAAAGUAAGACAAAUAAAAAAACUACGGAUACAACAUACUAACAGUUUUAGUCACACACACACAAAUACACAACUUCACUUUCACCUAGAAACAAGAAGCAAUUCUCGAAAAACUAAACUUUCAACUUCAAAAACUAAAAUACAAAAACGUUGCCAAUCUAACGCAAACUCAUUCAGCCCUUAGCAAAAAAAAAAAACAAAGCAAAAAAGCUAAACGAAAACUCUAUAUACUAUGUAGUUGAUGCCUGGCGCAAUCGGCGAAACCCAAGCAAACGCAAACAAUUUAUUUCGUUCAACUCGAACCAGCACAAAUUUUUCCAAAAGAAAAAAAAAUUAAUUAAAAUAAAAUAUAGAAGGUAUAUAACUUGCGAAUAUUAUUGAAAAGACUUUUGCAAAUCAACAAGCAUACACACACACUCAUACAUCAUUAAAAGAAAACGAGUGCUUACGCCCAAAAGCCUAACCUUUGCAUUGAUUAUAUAAAAAGCAGUGGAAAAAAUUGAAAAGUUGCAGACUGUCGAAGUACAACUCGUAAGAAAGCAUAUUUUAUAGACCGACUGUAAGCACAUUGCAAAAAUAUGUGUGAGCUAUUUUUAGGCACCAAUUUAUUUGCAGCGCUGCGAAUUAACAGCCGUGCUGUAAACUCAACUCAUGCAUAUGCUUUAUCAUUUUCUGUUGAAAUGUUAUUGAGGCCAACUGCUUUUUUAUUUGUUAUUGUUAUUGUUUUAAUUUUCCAUAAAUUUUGUUUAACUAGUAUAUAAUUUGCUAUUCCAACAUCUUUCAUUUUAAUUAAAUUUUAAAGAAUGUUAAUUAACAUCCUCAGCUUUUGCAUAGUCUCACUCGUAAAUGUUAAUAACAUACCUCUGUGUUUUACAUCAGCAAAUGUGCUGCAGUACAAUGUUUUUUUUUUUUUUUGUUGACUUGUGUUGUUUUUGUAUACCUCUUGUCAAGUAUAAUGCUUUUAAUAGGCAAAGUAGUACGCAAAGAGAUCCACCUAUAUCCAUGUAUAGGAGAUACAUAUAAGGCUCUUACAUUUACAUGCAUAUAUGAGAAAUUAUUUUGCUGUGGCUUUGAGAAUUAAGUAGAGAAUAUUUAAAUAUUUAAGUUUUAUUGCUGAAUUCUGUGCUGCAUGCCCACGACUGUUCCUACAUUAGUCGGAUCCAUGUUAGCGGGAUUAAGCUAAAUUUUUAUACGACCAAACACGGUCCUCGAAAUUAUUUGGGUUUACUACCUCUAAAAGACUAAAACAACCGACGCUCUGUAUACAAUUAGUACUUUUCUGAAAAUUUCCAACAGAAAAAUUUCAAUACAUAACUCUUCUGAAAGUUUCCAACAGAUAUUUGUCAAGACUGUAGUCAUUUUAAGGAGUACAUCAAGGGUGAGAGCCUAAAAAAAUGAGAAAGUCUUGGCUGCAGAAUGGAAUAAUCAAACCAUAAGCCAAAACCACUAUAAAUUUUUGUAGUGAACUUUAAAAAACUCGUUUUGAGCGCCUUAAUAACUAAGAAUUUUUAAACGAAACUGACUACUUUGAAAACACCUUCGCAGCGAGCUUGUUAUGCUAAAGGUUGAAUUUCUGUUGAUGUUCGGUGGAGACACACAGAAAACAAAUGUGAUGCAAUACGUGAUCUUUAGUGACCAGUUCGAAGAUUUUUCUCUAUCCUCAGUAGCGUAAAGCAGUAAAAGUACUAAUUUUGCGGUAUUUUUUUAUUUGAAUCGCGAGAGCGUCGCUGAGAGUAUACAGAAGAACUUGGGCGUUAUUUAAAUCAAUGAAUUUGAAGGUUAUAUUUUUCAUAAUGCAAUCACUAUUUCUACCUUCUUCUCCUUCUUUUUUUUAAAAACAACAACAGAGUUGACAGAGUGAGAGUUGUUUCUGCAAAGCUGCAAGCACCGGCAUCGCCCAAUUGUGUUCAUAAGUAUAGUUCACGUCUUUGUCUAUCGAACGAGCAAAACGUAUAUACAUAUAUAUUUAUAUAGAUAUUCCGAUUUGAUAUACAAAGUUUAUUUUAAUUUUGUAAUACGUUUUAUGAAAAUUACAAAAAAAUAGCUGAGAUAUUUUACACCAGCUUAUAGUGUUCAAAAAACUAGUGAAAAAACGCAUAAAUUUGUAUUCGCUGUUUUAUACUCUAUUUUGUUUAAGCAUAUACAUACAUACAAGUAUAUGCAUUGUCGGUGUGUACGUGUAGUAUGUAAAUUUUAAGCGUUCUACUUACAUAGUUUUACAUUUUAAUUAGGUUUUUGUUGUUUUCAUUUCUACAUUUAUUUUAAUUUGUUUUUUUUUUUUUUUUCAAAUGCUGCGCGUCAAAGGUAUUUAUGGCGGCGUUCAGCAAAUUAUAUACGAAAAUGAGAUAUACGAUUUUACACCACAUUUGUGUUCAGCCGGCGUAGAGCUUUGCAGGAGCACUUUUGCAGACACAGCUUACUUCAUUUUGCUUUUUGUUGAAAGUUUAUGAAAAAAUAUGUUUGUUUUGCUUUGAGCCUCACACUCACGAAUGUAUGUAGUUUGCGGAAUGUACUUAUCGUACAUAUUUGUUUUUUUUUUUUUUGUUUUUUAAUUUCAAUAAUUUUUUUAUUUGGGUGCGAUAUUUUUGCGUUAGUAGCGAUUUGAACGCUUUGUGUAUUCCAUAAUUGUUCAGAACGUCUUCGUUCAUACUUUUAAUAUGGCUUUAGUGUUUACAGUCUGCUUAUUUUUAGAUUUCAAGCGGUUCUGAAAAGCUUUCACAGUUCGAAUUAGCUUUCAUAGUCUAGACAAACUUUUGAUACAAAAGUUUCAAGCGAUAUUUAGAGCUUUUACUUGUCAAAUUAGCUCAAUUAAGAUUUUUGUACAAAAGUAAGCUUUAAAUUUUUAAGAAGCUUUCAUAGCUCGAACAAGCUUUUGGAACAAAACAUGCCCAGAGCAAACUUUUUGUAUAAUAGUAAGCUUUAAAUUUUUAGAAACUUUCACAGUUGGAAGAAGCUUUAAAACAAAAAUUAACGUUAAAAUUAAAAAGUUUACGUGCAAAACGGUUUUUAAAAGCUUUCAUUUGUUAAGUAAGUUUUCAGUUUUAACUCAAAAGUAAGCCUUAAAAUUUCUGGAAGCUUUUUGGAGUCCAUUCGAACAAAUUUUUGGCAUGAAAAUAAACUUCACAUUUUAAAAAGCUUUCACUUGGCAAUUCAGCUUUCGAAGUACGAAACAAAUUUUCUACACGCAUGUUCAAAGCGGUUAUUAAAAGCUUUCAUUUGUUAAGCUACCUUUCACUUUCAACGCGAAAGUAAGCUUUGAAAUUUCAGAAAGCUUUAUCGAGUUAGCUUACACUUUAAAAGCUUUCCCUUGUCAAUUCUGCUUUCAUAGCUCGGACAAGCUUUUCACAGGAAGGUUUAAAGCGGUUUUAAGAGCUUUUAUUCCUUAACUGAGCUUUCACAAUUUUAUAAGCAUAAUCGUUUAACACCAAAAUAAGCUUUAGAUUUUAAAAAGGCUUUCACAAGUCCUUUUAAAGCUUUCCCCCUGCAAACAUAUAAUACUAAAUAUUAUUUUUCUAUAUAAUGUUGCUAACUACAUAGCUUAUGUGCUUUUUAUAUUCAACAUUGGCACUAAAAGUCCUAGUAAGAGCAUAUUUUCUUCUUAGCUUUAUUGUUGCAAAAUACGAGUUGUCACUAAAAAAAUUUACAAUUUUCCGUUAUACGUUUUCGUCGCAGAUUUGACACGCGUUUUCAUACUGAAGUCUGACUUCACAUUUAAGAGACUUAAAGCGAUAUUUAGGAGACACUUCAACAGCAGCAUGCAACCACUGUUAGGCCACACUCGUACCACACACACCCACACAUACACACACGCGUACUUCUAUGUACUUUUCAGUAGCCCAAAAGCAAAGAAAAAAUCAUAAACUCUCCUCACCAUCAUUACCAAUAACAACAACCAUAAGCAAUUAUUGCAGUAUCAUAGGCGAAGAGAUACGAGAAUUCGUUGUAAGCAAAAAGUAAAAAAUAUAUACAUAUAUAAAUAAAAGAAAAAACCAACAAAAAAACAACACUUGGAGGACGGUGAUAAUUAGUGUGUCUUAAAUAAAAAAAAAUUAUACAUAAAUUCUUUUCUAUUUUUUAUUAAUACAUAUUACAUAAUAUAAUUGCGAUUAUGAUGACUUUACUUACGAUUGAUUUUUUGAGCCGAUUCCGAGGAACGUAAAACAAAUUUAACUAAAUUAAAAAUAAAAUUCAAAAGCAAACUGAUAAAAUUAAUGAAAUUGUAUGAAAGAGAGCAUUGAGAAAACAAAACAAAAACAAAAUAAAAUUUCGUUUUAUGUUUUUUGCCUUAAAAAUUAGUUGGAAAAACAAUGAUAUACUAAAAUAUAAAUGCAUUAUAUAUAUAUAUAUAUAAAUGAGUAAAAAGCGAAUACACAUACAUUAAUGCAAUACGAGUACACACACAUACAAGUAACACACAUGCAUAUAUACACAGGAUACAUACUUAUAUACAAGCGAAGAAUGUGGAAAGUGGCAAAGAAUUAGUAAUAUGCAAAAGAAAUGAAAAUGAAAAUGAAAUAUUUACAUACAUGUGUAUAAAACAAAAUCUAACGUUAUACAUACAUACAUAUAAAUUAUAUUACUGUUAAAGGUAAACUGUAAGUUUUUAUUGCAACUAGUGAAAUGGUUAAUUUUUUUAUUAUUAUUAUAAUAUUACUAUUAUUAUUAUUAAUAUUAUGAUUAUUAUCAACAUUAUUAUUAAUUAAAAUUAGUUAAUAUUUAUACAUAUAUAUAUCUUCAUAUAUAUAUAUAUAUACAUACUCUAAAGCGGUAAAAUAAAAAGUAUGUUAUUUAAGUAGCGGAACUACGGUACACAUGUCGAAAAUAAUUGCAUACAUAUUAUGGUAAAAAGUAGUAAAAAAUAAUUACAAAAACAAAAAAAAUAUACAGUAAUAAAAAACAAUUAAUUGAAUGCAUGAUUUGACUUUUUAUUACCAGCAAUGCAGUGAAAACGGUUAAAAAAAUAAAAAACACAUUAAAAACAAACAAAAAAUUAAUAAUAUUAUAACGCGCCUUCGUGUUUGAUAUUUUCUUUUAGCUACAAAUACAUACAUACAUACUUACAUAGUGCAUACAACAGACUAAAAUCUCUCAUUUACCCAAAGCAACCCAAACCAUUAGCGCAUUUCCUUUAAGAAUAAAAAAAAUAAAAAAUAAAGAAAAAAAAAAACAACAACAAAAAUAAAACACAUUUAUUUAUAUGAAAAUAAUAAUCAUUUUUUUAUUAAAAAUACUACCAAUAGCAUUUAACUAUUACAGCAAUAAUGCUAAAGUUGUCAAAGCAAAAAGCAAAAAGCAAAAAAGCAAAGAGUAAGCAACAAAAACAAAAACAAAUAAUGUUGAUGUGUCGGAUACAGUGGGCCUGUAUAAAAUACAUGUUAUUUAUAUAUAUACAUACAUACAUGCAUAUACAUAUACAAAUGCGUUAGUAUAUAGCAUGCUAUGUAUGUAUGUA